GUUUUAAGAAGAAAAGAUGCAGGACAUGGAGGAAAAUCCUGUGACUCUACAAACUGAAGUACACCAAAAGAAUGAAUCUAUGGAAGAGGUUUGUCAGGCUCAGAUACCAUGCAACAAUAAUGUGGAUAAAAAACAAUUUUCAGAAAGAAAAAACUUUACACGGCAUAGAAAACCCAUCAAGACCCACAGAACCCCUAUAAACUCAUCAGAAGAUGUAAAUGGUUUCAGAUCUGGCAGUAACAUACCAUCGAUAAUUGACCCACCUGGCAUUACAGCUCAGUCACUUUGUCCUGAGCAUACAUCAUAUGACCCAUUCAUGUUAUACUCUAAGGGGCCAUCUCUAAGUCUGCACAGUGACAAAACACAAAGUAACAAGAUGCACACAGCCACCAGCUUUAAACUUUGUGGUGACAACAGGGAACUCCAAAUGAUCCCAUGUAUGCAGAAAUACUUAACAGCACAAUCCAUCAGCCCCCAGAAAGCCACCAGCCCGAAGGUCAAGCCAUUCCUAUGCACAGUCUGUGGGAAAAGCUUCAGUCAGAAGUCGUUGCUCAUUCAGCACUAUCGUAAUCAUACUGGGGAGCGGCCAUACCCAUGCGUAGAAUGUGGAAAGAGCUUCACUUCCUGCUCUCUUUUAAUCCGCCAUCACAAAAUCCACACAGGAGAAAAACCUUUUACUUGUACAGACUGUGGAAAACGCUUUAGUGAAAGCUCUCAGCUUGUGCGUCACCAGCGAACUCACACAGGCGAGAGGCCAUACACCUGCAUAGAAUGUGGCAAAUGCUUCAGUGAGAGCUCAAAACUGGUCAUUCAUCAGAGAACACACACAGGAGAGCGUCCUUAUGCAUGCAAUGACUGUGGCAAGAGCUUCAGCGUUCGCUCCCAUCUUAUCACACAUAAGAGAACACAUACCGGAGAGAGGCCGUACACAUGCAAUGACUGCGGCAAGGGUUUCAGUGAAAGCUCCAAGCUUGUCAUGCACCAACGAAUACACACAGGCGAGAAGCCCUACACCUGUACUGUCUGUGGCAAAAGCUUCAGCCAGAGGUCAGUUCUUGUUACUCAUCAGAGAAUUCACACAGGAGAAAAACCUUACACCUGCCCUGAGUGUGGAAAAUGUUUCAUUGAUAAAGUGGGCUGCGACCGUCAUCGAGUGACACACAGUGAUCAGAAGCCAUUUCUGUGCCUGCAGUGUGGGAAGAAUUUCAGCCGCAAUUCUGACUACAACAAGCACCAGCGUACCCACACCGGGGAGCGGCCAUAUUCUUGCAUUGAGUGUGGAAAGAACUUCAGCUGGAGUUAUCAGCUCAUCAGACACCAGAGAGUGCACACAGGGGAGAAGCCAUACACCUGCAUAGAAUGUGGAAGCAGCUUCUGCUGGAGCUACCAGCUGGUUACUCAUCAAAAAACACACACUGCUGAAGGCUCAUACCUUUAGACCAGUGUUCCCCAAUUCCAGUCCUCAGGACCCUUAACAGGCCAAAUAUUCAUUAUAUCUUAACUAGAGCAUAGGCGAUCAGUUUAUGUAAGAGUGUGUUAGUAACAAUGGCUAGUGAUCAGCUGAUGGGUGAGAGUGUGUUAGUAACCAUAGCUAGUGAUCAGCUGAUGGGUGAGAGUGUGUUAGUAACCAUGGCUAGUGAUUAGCUGAUGGGUGAGAGCUUGUUAGUAACCAUGGCUAGUGAUCAGCUGAUAAGUGAGAGUGUGUUAGUAACCAUGGCUACUGAUCAGCUGAUGGGUGAGAGUGUUAGUAACCAUGGCUACUGAUCAGCUGAUGGGUGAGAGUGUGUUAGUAACCAUGGCUAGUGAUCAGCUGAUGGGUGAGAGUGUGUUAGAAACAUGGCUACUGAUCAGCUGAUGGGUGAGAGUGUAUUAGUAACCAUGGCUACUGAUCAGCUGAUGGGUGAGUGUGUGUUAGUAACCAUGGUUACUGAUCAGCUGAUGGGUGAGAGUGUGUUAGUAACCAUGGCUACUGAUCAGCUGAUGGGUGAGUGUGUGUUAGUAACCAUGGUUACUGAUCAGCUGAUGGGUGAGAAUGCAUUAGUAACAAUGGCUACUGAUCAGCUGAUGGGUGAGAACGUAUUAGUAACAAUGGCUACUGAUCAUCUGAUGGGUGAGAGUGUGUUAGUAACCAUGGCUAGUGAUCAGCUGAUGGGUGAGAGUGUGUUAGUAACCAUGGCUAGUGAUCAGCUGAUGGGUGAGAGUGUGUUAGUAACCAUGGCUAGUGAUCAGCUGAUGGGUGAGAGUGUUAGUAACCAUGGCUAUUGAUCAGCUGAUGGGUGAGAUUGUGUUAGUAACCAUGGCUAGUGAUUAGCUGAUGGGUGAGAGUGUGUUAGUAACCAUGGCUAUUGAUCAGCUGAUAGGUGAGAGUGUGUUAGUAACCAUGGCUAGUGAUCAGCUGAUGGGUGAGAGUGUGUUAGUAACCAUGGCUAGUGAUCAGCUGAUGGGUGAGAGUGUGUUAGUAACCAUGGCUAGUGAUCAGCUGAUGGGUGAGAGUGUUAGUAACCAUGGCUAUUGAUCGGCUGAUGGGUGAGAUUGUGUUAGUAACCAUGGCUAGUGAUUAGCUGAUGGGUGAGAGUGUGUUAGUAACCAUGGCUAUUGAUCAGCUGAUAGGUGAGAGUGUGUUAGUAACCAUGGCUACUGAUCAGCUGAUGGGUGAAAGUGUGUUAGUAACCAUGUCUACUGAUCAGCUGAUGGGUUAGAGUGUGUUAGUAACCAUGGCUACUGAUCAGCUAAUGGGUGAGAGUGUUUUAGUAACCAUGGCUAGUAAUCUGCUGAUGGGUGAGAGUGUGUUAGUAACCAUGGCUAGUGAUCAGCUGAUGGGUGAGAAUGCAUUAGUAACAAUGGUUACUGAUCAGCUGAUGGGUGAGCGUGUUUUAGUAACCAUGGCUAGUGAUCAGCUGAUGGGUGAGAACACAGUAACAAUGGCUACUGAUCAGCUGAUGGGUGAGAAUGCAUUAGUAACAAUGGCUACUGAUCAGCUGAUGGGUGAUAAUGCAUUAGUAACCAUGGCUACUGAUCAGCUGAUGGGUGAUAAUACAUUAGUAACCAUGGCUACUGAUCAGCUGAUGGGUGAUAAUGCAUUAGUAACCAUGGCUACUGUGACAGACCCUUCUGUCAGGACUGAAGGAGUUAACUGUGUUUAGCUUUAAGAAACUAUUUUCUAAACACAAGUUGCUGGCUCCAGCUAUAAUUUAAUUAGUGCUAAGCAUUCUAUUGUUUGAUCACCUCCAGAGAGAAAACGCCUAAGUGAUAAGAAGGGCCAAGAGUGUCUUGUGGUUGAAGUGUUUAAGUAAUAUAAUUCUAUUGUAUCAUGUCAAAGGGCUUGUUCCCUCCAUGUAAUGUACAACAGUCUUUCAACCCCCAUCUGGGGGGGGGGGGGGUCAGACCUGCAUAAAUACUAGGCAUAGCCUUUUAAUAAAUAUCAUUCUGUUUAAACCUGAAAA